UCGGCCUCAGUUUCUGAAAUGGCACGAGCGAGGCCGAACGUAUUGUCCGUCGCUCAGUGAAUUCGCAGUAGGCUGUAACGCUAUGCAUUGAGUUGACAUUUCGACACGCAUUUAAAUCGACAUUACCAUUUAAGUGAUCAGAAAAACGACUGUAGAGGUUUCUUUACGGGAUCGAAUGAUGUGAAGAGUUCUAUGGUUUAGAGAAGGUUGUGUUGUCCUUGGGGAAGAUGGCGGCGGACUCGGGCUUGUUUGGGCUGACGACGACGCUGGUCUUGCUCGCCCUCCUCCUUCCUGCAGCCUAUGCCACCUGCCCCGUCGACUGCCACUGCCUCGGGACCUACGUCGACUGCUCCAAGAGUGGCCUGGCAGAAGUGCCUCCCGACCUGCCCAGUUGGAUAGAAAAACUGGAUUUGAGCGACAAUAAAAAACUGAAGCUAAAAGAAGGCGACUUCAAUGGAUUGCCCAAGCUGAAGACCUUGUGCCUGAAGGACCUCGGACUCGAGCGCCUGCCACCCCUCGGGACUCUGCACUCUCUUGAGGCUCUUUACUUGAGCAGCAACCGUAUCAAGUCGGUGGAAAACCUGUCGCUGACUGGGAUGUUGAGGUUGAGAGAGCUAGAUCUCUCCAGAAACCGUCUGACAACGCUGUCCUCUCCGCCCUUCAAAAAAGUCAAGCUCCGAAAGCUGAAUCUCAGUAGAAAUUACAUAUCUUAUCUGGAUACCCAGUCUUUCGAAAGUCUGCCCUAUUUAGAAGAACUGAAGUUAUCCCGAAAUCAUCUGAACGCGUCGACGUUUAGCCGGACUGCGCACAUCUUCAGAAACCUCACCAAUCUCCGAUCUCUAGAUCUGAAUGGAAAUAAACUCCACAGACUAGAGGGUUUAGUGUUUGAGCAUCUUAAGAAGUUAAAGGUUUUGAAGCUGCGUCGUAAUGAGAUCACAUCGUUCAGUGAUGGUGUUUUCUAUGGACUUAAUGCUAUAGAAAAUUUGCUUCUUGACUACAACAACAUUACCACAAUACGCAAGGGAUUAUUGUUUGGUCUGUCUUCUCUGACACAGUUGUCUCUGAGUCAGAACCAAAUAGAUUCCAUUCGUCCAGAUGCAUGGGAGCCGACAAAGCAUUUAAAAACUUUGGACUUAAGUAACAACCGACUUGUAUCACUCAGAGAGGGAACAUUCAGAGCUCUGGGAGCCUUGACUGUUCUCACUCUCUCCCACAAUCACUUAGCUCACAUUGAGCGGGAAGCAUUUGCACCAACUUCAAGUCUCCUAACACUGGACUUGUCUCACAAUCAGCUAAGAUGGAGUGUUGAAGAUAACAGUGGAGCCUUCAGUCGACUGGAGAGAGUUCACACACUGUCUUUGGCCUAUAAUGGGAUAGAGACAAUACAUGCUGAAACAUUCACUCCACUCAGGGAACUCUCAUCUCUGGAUAUGAGAGGGAACCAGAUUCGAACCAUCCCUCAUAAUCCUUUUAUUGGACUGAAUCGUUUAACAUUAGUCAAAUUAAAUACUUCCAGUCUUGUAUGUGAUUGUCAUUUGUCAUGGCUUCCAGGCUGGCUGUCAAGUUUGUCUUUCAAUAACUCCUCAAUUAUUGCUUCUUGUAGUUAUCCCAACCGGUUGCGAGACCGACCUGUGGCCACAAUUUCCAGCAGGGACUUUGCCUGUGAAUCUUCCCCACGACCUAUUAUUAGUCAGUCACCAAAAGAUCAGAUUGCACUACGUGGGGCAAAUGUUACUUUAGCAUGUGUUGCUGAGUUUGGAAGUGAGGGAGACCAACCAAAAUUUAUGUGGAGAAAGAAUAACCAGUUGUUAGUAAAUUUUCAGCUAGAAACUCUUGUUAAUGUUGUGGGAGGAGAUGGUGAAGGAGGAGCAAAACACAAUGUCACAUCCUUGCUUCAUCUUCAGAAUGUGUCAGAUGAAGAUACUGGAGAAUAUCAAUGUGUAGUUCGUAAUCAUUUUGGGGCAAGUUAUUCUCAGCGUGCUAAUAUUCAAGUGCAUGUCUUCCCUUACUUUACUAAGAGACCUGCAAGUGUAGAGGUUCGUAUUGGAGAAGUGGCUAGAUUAGAAUGUGCAGCUGAAGGUUCCCCAACUCCAGAAAUAUCAUUAGUAAAGGAUGGCAUUGAUUUCCCAGCUGCUCGUGAAAGAAGAAUCCAUGUUUAUAACAAUGAAACGAUAUUCUUCAUUAAACCAGUAGAAUCUGAUGAUGAAGGACAGUAUACUUGUAAUGCAAAAAAUGCAGCUGGCGUAGCAUCUUCUCACGCAUCACUGACAGUACGACAAACUCCAAAAUUUACAAAAAGCCUUCAAGACAGAGUUGCAAGACUUGGUGAUGAUGCUGUUCUAGAAUGUCAGGGUACUGGGAAACCUACACCAAAACUAACUUGGACCAAAGAUGGUGAUGUUAUUAAAGAAAGUGAACAUUAUGUAUUAGUUCAAGACAGUCAGUAUUUACUGAUUUUGGAUACAAAAAUGGAUGAUGCUGGGACUUAUGUGUGUGAACUUACAAAUAUACUUGGAACAGUGCGAGGACCAAUAAAUCUGUCAGUAAGAAGAGAUAUAACAUCUACAUCAACAACAACUGGAAUAGUAAUGAUGGCAGUUGUUGGCUGUGUUGUCAUCACCUCACUUGUUUGGGUCGUUAUUAUAUACCAGACAAGAAAGCGACCCCAGGCUGGCUCAUUAGGACCACCACCUGCCUAUCCAAGGGAAGAUGUUUUGGGGAGGUAUCCUGCCCACCUUCCAACUCAUCAUCACUUACCAUCAGACCUUGUGCAUACUUUCACUCCACUUCUGGCCAAUUCACAUGAGACUUACACAACAGCAGGGCAAGACAGUGGCUCCGAGCACUCUAGUGGCAAGGACAGUGGGACGGGAGAUUCAGCCCAGCGGUCUAAUGAAGACCUCCUUCCUCUUGAUCUUUCACGUCCUGGUCUUAGGCGGUCACUGAUUAUCUGUGCUGAUAAUGGGUCAGCUUCAGUUUUAAGGGGAGCCAGUGCAGUCAGUGUUGGUCCAAAUGGAGAGCUCGUGGGAUGCGAAGAUGCCCUUGGUCGUCCAAGACUAUCUACAUUUAGCCCUCAUCUUUCUCCUGGAAGCUAUAGUCCUAACCAGUAUACUGCCAGUCUAAGAAGAGGUUCAAAUUCACGUCGCCACCCAGUACCGUCACCAACCUCACCUUCAGCUUCUCUACCUCGGGGUCAACACCUCUGUCAGACAGACGAUCGUGUUCACCAUUCUGUGCUUACCUCUCCCUCUCCUUCAACUGAAACAUGUGGACAUUAUAGUUCACAUGUGGUACCAGCUUUAAUGGAUGACCAAGAAGAAGCUGGUAGUAAAAAUAUAGACCCUGUUGGUGAGCCAGUAGGUGAAUCAUUAGUUGUAAAUAGUAGUGAUAGUGACCCAAAUAACCUAAGAACAGUGAUUUGCAGUGCUGGGGAUAGCCGCAGUGAACUGGAUUUAAGGUUAGAUACUGCAGAAGUGAAACACAAUAGCAUUCCUAAACAGACAAUUGAAUCCAGAUAAUUUUUAGUGACUACUAUGGAUUAUAAAGUAACUGGAAUUGCACCGUCCACCACUAAUGUAAUAACCUUUUAUAGUUCCCAGGUUUCAUUAACAGCAUUCCACAUAUUGAAAAAUGAGAAUGUUUUUAAUAAACAAUAAAUUUAUAAAAAGCACUGAUAGAUAGUCUAGUAGUUAUAAUAGUGAAUUGCAUUUGAACAAGCUGACUUAACCAGUAGAGAUAACACUUUACUGUGGUGGAUAGGUGCAAUUGUUUGUUUUUAAGUACCUGUCUGGUGCCAUAGUAGUUCAGUGCUGCCAGUGUCAUGUUGUACAAUUUUGUUUUCAUUGUUGAUGGCCUAUUGGUGUUGUAGCAAUCUUUGUAUACUCAGUACUUUGGCCUUUAAUGUAAUCUGGCUUAAUUAUCUGUGUAUACUAAACUGUGUACAUGUUUAUACUUUGCAAGAACUUUCUUGUAUAUUCACUUGAUCUAUGAAAUUUCAUUCAUCAUUCAUAUGGAAUAUCAGAAUGAUUUUCCCUUUCCAGUCCAGCCUUUGUAGAAGUUAAUGAGACUUGUGCUCUGUGAGCAUAUGAUUAAUUCUGUGACAUUUUUAACUUCUCAGCCAUCUGAAGGGCUUCAUUUCUAGAGUAAGCCAGCAACAUGCAUUCUCCGUGAUACCAAGGUACUGAAAGUACCAUAGGAAAUUUGUGGUGCAUUAUUAGGUUCUUAAGUUUUAUUUUCAUACAUUGUCUUUAUUAGAAAGAAAGUUUUAGUGUUCCUUGUCUGAGAAUAUUUUUAUAUUCAUUUUUGAUUUUAUGUAGUAACAGUUUUGCUUUGUAUAACAAAUGUACAGUUGCUUUAUAGUAUAGAUGCAAUGUUGGAUGAUAACAAGUGCAAGAAGCUACAGUGAAGAUGAUAGGAUUUUUUUUAUUUUGAUUUCUGAUAAAAUUAGGAAAGCACUGUCAUUUGUUUGUAGACUAAAUGUAUCAAGUUCAAAUGCCUCAAAAUAUGUGUUGUGAAAUAGGUUAAUGAACUAAGCCCAGUCAAGCAUUAAGCUGUUACUGUUAUUACAGGCAUUUAUCACAAAAUUGUAUUUUAAGCUUGAAACUAGUCACUUAUUGGACAUAGUUAUUAUGUCACAACCUGUUAUGUCAUCACUGAUGGUCAUUGUAUUACAAUUUAAGUAAGCAUGUAUAUACCAAAUUACCAUUCACUUUCAUAAAGUGUGUUUUAAAUAUUCAGAAGAUUGAGUUUUCAACCUUUAAAAAAGUAUGGAUGUUCCCAGUUUAGUGCAAGGCUUCUUCAUGGUUGUGACAUAUUAACAAACAAUGUAACAUAUUUGAAAUUUUAUAUGAUGUUCCUGUAAAGGCUUUGUCUUAUGUAACAUGUACAGUCUAUAUUUUGUUGAUUUUGUUGGCAGUUAUAUAAUCAGUUUAUUAUUAUUCAGAAGUAGAAAUAUUUAUAUUAUUCCUACCGUGUUAGUAUUUCAUGUUGCAAAUUGGGAUAAUUAGUGCCAGUUGAGGGGGGUGAGAUUAAUUAUUAAUAACCAAAAACUGAAGCAGGUACUGACUCAUUCAGGCAGUCUUCUUCCAGUUUGCAUUUACACAGGCAGCAUGAAUAUAGGAAUCACACAUGAUUUUAAAGAUUUCAGCUUGAAUCAGUUUUAUUAGUUAAAUUAAAUUUAUACGUCUUUACUGUAUAAAGGAAAUGUGGUUGAAUUGUUCAGACUUAUUUUGCACAAAUCAAACAGUGGGAAAAAGCAAUGAGGAUGAAAAAACAAUAAUAAAAAGUUCUUUGUCUAUAUUUGCUUGUUCCUGCAUUCCAUAGGAGGUUCAGAAAAUUUUAAUCUGUCCUCUGAACAGUGUUUAUGAAAUAGAAUGAGGUGCUACAGUGAAAAUUUUUACUUAAUUUACUGUCAUUUAAAAAGUUCACAAUAGCAUUACAAAUGUAUUUCACAUACAAAAAUGUGAUUGAUAAUGUACACAUGAAAUACAGAAAUAAAACUCUAA